ACUCUAAUUAAUUUGAUUUAUUUCAAAGCAGACGAAACGCAUUUUCAUCAUUGACCAUAAUGAUGAUGUAAAAAUAUACUGUGCAGUGAAAAUUACUCAAAUAACCUAGAUGAAAUGAAUACUGAUGGAGAUUUGCAUGGUACAAAAUGCUCACCAUUUAUAGAGCACAACACAGAUGGUAAAGAAUGUGACACUACAUACAUGUCAAGUACAGAUAAUUUUGAAGCAAAGGGUGCUGGAGGUGAUACUGAAUCAAAUGUAGGUUCACAAACAAAGGAUAGUUUAUUAAUAGCAGAGCAGUUAUCAACACAAAUGAACAAAGUAAAUACCACAGAAAGGGAACAACUGAAUGCAGCUGCUCAACAGAUUAUUGAGGAUCUUAAUUCUAAACGAAGGCAGGAUAACCAACUUCUUGCAGAUUUCAGGAAAGGUUUAGAAACAGAGGUGAAUAGAAUGUGUAAUGGAGUUGAACAACAAAUGUUUCGUUUAUAUGACAAGAAGAGUAGCCAGAUACAAGCCAAAAUUCAGGAAUUGUUUGCACGCCUAGACAGGAUUUGUAAACUAGAAACUGAGCUUCAGGAAUUUAAGCAGGCUCUUCAAGGACUAUACCGGGACAUGAAUAUCUCUCAAUAAAAUGUUUUAGUGGAGUUUCUGCAGUGUACGUUUGUUGGCUUUCACUCCGGUUUUCACUUUUGUUUUCUUUGUUUUGAAUAUGAUGUAUACAUUUUAGUAAAAAUUCACCAUUUGUUACUGGUGGUUUUAGUGUUGUUAGAAUAUUCGUACUGUUGUCAUAUUUUGUCCACAAUAUGUAGUCUGUAGUUUUUGUCUGGAUGUAAUAAUUUCACUUUUCAAAUGUUAUAAAAUAUCAUAUUUAUGCAAAUUAUAAUUUGAUUGAUCAUCCUUAAUAAAAAUAGGGAUUUGUUGUAACCUGA